AGCCACUGGACGGAUAUAAACCACCUAAGUACCUCUUCACACUUUUCUCACAGGUCUCAGACACUUCUCCCCACCAUAUUUUAUCGAUUCACCAAAAAUGAUCCUCAAGUUAGCUUUAUUUCCCUUAACGCUAGCAUUGUUAGCUCUGGUCGAUGCUUCAAGUGCCCAAACUUCCAAGUCAACCCCUAUUGUCCUACUUAAAGAAAAGGGAAUCGCGUCCGAUCUGUUGAGUGAAACAUCCUCGGGUCUGAAAUUCGGUCAUGGAUGCUUCUGUUCGCUCGCUUGCGAUACCCUCACCACCAUACUCGGCAAGGAUAGAUCCGAUAUUAUAGGACAAGAAUCUUACGAAACUACCCGAUCUAAGUUCUGGUCGCUACAGCAAUCAAAGGAAACUAGCCCUCGAUGCUUUGCUCAUCCGAUUAACGCUGAGGAAGUGUCUAUUAUCGUUUUAUUAUCCCGAGCCACUAAUUGCCCAUUCGCUGUCAAGGGCGGUGGUCAUGCCGCUUUCAAGGGUGCCUCUAAUAGUGAUGGCGGUAUCACCAUCGACUUUGACCGAAUGAAGCAUGUAAUUCCAAAUGCUGAUACGAAAUCAGUAGCGAUCGGGCCCGGAAAUACCUGGCUCGAUGUGUACACUGUUCUAGAAAAGUUCAACCUGACUAUGGCGGGCGGGCGCACGGCUACAGUGGGCGUUAGUGGAUUGACGCUAGGGGGUGGUCUCUCGUUCUUUAGCGGGCUGUAUGGGAUGACCUGCGACAACAUCAUUAAUUAUGAAAUCGUCCUCGGAUCAGGCGAGAUCAUCACCGUCGACUCAAAAACCAACGCCGAUUUAUUUUGGGCUCUACGAGGCGGCGGAGGCAACUUCGGAGUCGUCACUCAAUUUGUUGCCAGCACUUUCAAGCAAGGACCUAUGUGGGGAGGUACAGUUGCUUGGGAAAUGCACAGCACCAAGGCUACUUUGAUCGAUGCACUGGUCAGCUAUGCGGAGAAUGGAUCGCAGGAAGAUCCAAAUUCAGCCCUCAUUGUAUCUUUUGCGUAUAUCCAAAACUAUCAAGCGUGGCUUUCAGUAGUUAUGGCGCACCACUCGGAUCCCCAGCCGUCAGGUAGCCACCCGAAGGUUUUUGACGACUUUAUGAGCAUAGAGAAUGAAGUUCAAGGUAGUAAGAGAAAUGCGUUCCAUUCGAAUUUCACCGUGGAGAUCGACGAUGCUAGCCCGCCCGGUCUGCGCGAGAGCUAUUGGACUCUCACGACUCACGUGGAUAAACAAUUGACCUUAGAUCUGCUGGCCAUAUUCGAGGAAGAAAUAAUCCCAAUUCAGAACCUCACCGAAUUUCUCCCUGCGUUCGUAUACCAAGUUGUAACGGUCCCUCAGCUCAAAGCGAUGACGCGUAAUGGUGGUAACGCGCUCGGUAUUGAUGGCAGCGAGAAACCUCUUUUUUUGAUCAACUACUCUGCUAGAUGGAAGUUCGAUUCAGACGAUGCAUUGGUUUUGACAGCGAUGUCUAAUAUACUUUCACGGAGUCGAGAAUUGGCGCGGGCACGUGGCCUAGAUCACCCGUUUCUUUACAUGAAUUACGCCAGUCAAUUCCAGGAUCCAUUGGGAAGCUACGGAACGGAAAACAAGGCUAGAUUAAUGAGGAUCUCUAGGAAAUAUGACCCGGAUGGUGUGUUUGAGGCCCUGAGUCCUGGGUAUUUCAAGUUUAACGGGGCACCCGCACAAUUUUAGCUGUCGGGAGGCUUGACCAUAUAAACACUACCUAGUAUAUUCUAUAAAACUAUCUGGAUUUAUGGCUAUUGCAUGUGUAUUUCCCCUUAACGGACCAUCUACGCUUUCCACAUUGACGUUAAUCGAAUUCCGUUCAGCCACAAUAGAACGGUCCAGUACAUUCAAGAUUCCCUCUUGACAGCUUUACUG